AUGACGGCAGAACUCGUCGAAGAUGCUUCCUGGGGCAAUUUCUCCGAUGACGUUGAGCUUGGAGAAGAAAGUCUCAUCACCGGGGUCUUGGGUGCAGGGCUCCUCCUCAUGUGUCUCAUUGGGGUGACGGGGAAUAUCUAUACGCUGGUGGUGGCAUUUGGCAGCACGGCUGUUCGCUCGACUGGUUCUUUAUGUGUGUAUGUGAUCAACCUGGCCUUAGCCGACUUGAUCUACCUUUCCACCAUCCCCUUUGUGGUCUGCACCUAUUUUGCCCAGGACUGGUUCUUUGGGGAUGUGGGAUGCAGGUUCUUGCUUAGCUUGGACCUGCUUACGAUGCAUGCGAGCAUCUUCCUGCUGACAGCCAUGAGCUUGGAGCGUUAUUGGGCAGUGGCCAGGCCGUUGAAGGCUAGGUGGGCUGGAAACUGUUACCGCAAACUUGUCAGCAUGGCCGCGUGGCUCCUCUCCUUGUUGCUGACUGUGCCCAUGAUGAUCAUGAUCCAGCAGCGGGAAGGCAGAAGCCACAAGCAUAUUUGCUUCCCCACAUGGACGCCUGAAGCUUUCCGGGUUUACCUCACGAUUUUAUUCGGCACAAGUAUUCUGGGGCCUGGCUUGAUCCUUGGCAUAGUGUAUUCCCGACUUGCUCAGGCCUACUGGACUUCCAUGAAAGUCAUGCAGCCACGGGUGAUCGGCCGGGUCUUGAAACAACAGCUGUUCUCCAGGAUUUUCGGCAUCAUUGUAGCCUACUGGGCCUGCUUUGUGCCAUUCUGGGCCUGGCAACUAGCCAAGCUAUACUGGUCUGAGGCCUUGGAGAUUGAGCCUACUGCUCAGGCUUACCUCAACUUUGGUGUUACCUGCUUGACCUAUGGCAACAGCUGCAUCAACCCAUUCCUUUAUACCCUGCUCACCAGCAAUUACCGCGAGUAUGUGGCAACUCAAGGUGGGGAGAAGCAGGGUGGCAGGCGGGCUCUCUUCAGGAGGAGGAAAUAUGGGAAGCGCCAAGCAGAAUGUGUAUCUGUGGUGCAGGAAGAAGGAAUUGCAUAA